AUGCAUAUUGUGAUAUCCAGGGCGCGGGGCAUACACAGGAUAAAAACACUCUCUUUGCUGCGCCCAAAGAGACUUACCUCAUCUCCGUAUUCUUCCUCGUCUCGACCCGCUCCGGAGGAAGCGACAAUGUUUAAAAAAGCCGUGAAAGACGCCCCCACUGGAGGGACUUCGAAACCGCUUCAGUCCAACCUCCUACGGACCAACAUACAUGCCCCUGCGAAGCCAGCCCCACCGCAAUCCGUCGGAGUCAAACGAAAGAUCGAGGUGGCCCAUAAUGGAAAUUCCGCGCUAGGAUCUCUCCAUAGCGCUGUUUACUUUGAUGAAAACGAUUUUGAUGAUGAUCUCGACCUCGACAUUGACGAACCGCAGCCAUUGAUUAUACCAAGUGCGGCUAACACCAACACCGCAUCGAAGACAGUCACAUAUCCAAGUCUUGAUAGCAACUCCGCCAAUCCGACAGAUGUCAACUACCCAGAUCUCCCACCUGUCUCUCAAGAUGACCCAGCUCCCCCGAGCAGCUUGCAGUUUCCGUGGUCUUCAUCACCUCCUUCUCACUUUCAACCUCCACCCAAACCUCGAACCCUCCCCUGGCUGCAGGAAGAGAGGGAAGAUGCCCCUCGCACAAAGAAUAGCCAUAUCACGCCAAAACGCCCAAAGCCCACCGACUUUUGGAACAAGUCUGCGAGUGCUAUCAAGGAGGAACAGAAAGAGUUGCGUAAGGAAUACAAGAAGAACCAAAAGCCGGAGAUCAAACCACAAAAGCAAGGCCGCACGAAGGUUGCAUCGAUUUUCUUGAGUGAUGAACAAAGAGCUGUUCUUGAUGCAGUUGUUGAUGGUGGAAAAAGCAUAUUCUUCACUGGUUCUGCAGGAACCGGAAAGUCGGUUCUUAUGCGGGAGAUCAUUCAGAAACUGCGUAUCAAGUACCGUAAGGAGCCUGAUCGCAUUGCAGUUACAGCUUCGACAGGUCUUGCAGCCUGUAACAUCGAAGGUGUAACACUUCAUAGCUUUGCAGGUAUUGGUUUAGGCAAGGAGGCUGUUCCUGAGUUGGUCAAGAAGGUCAAGAAAAAUCAAAAAGCUAGGAAUCGCUGGCUACGUACCAAGGUUCUCGUUGUUGACGAAGUGUCUAUGGUUGAUGGUGAUCUAUUUGACAAAUUAGAGGAAAUCGCCAGACGCAUUCGCAACAACGGUCGGCCAUUUGGAGGAAUUCAACUUGUCGUAACAGGAGAUUUCUUCCAACUGCCACCCGUACCCGAAGGAAGUAACCGCGAGGCCAAGUUUGCCUUUGCGGCUGCUACUUGGACAACUUGUAUCCAGCAUACAAUUCUUUUGACCAAUGUUUUCCGUCAAAAGGACCCAGAGUUUGCUGAGAUGUUAAACGAAAUGAGAUUGGGAAAAAUCAGUCCUCGUACGAUCGAAGCUUUCCGAAAGCUUUCUCGGCCGUUGGACUUCCAUGACUCCCUCCAAGCAACAGAAUUAUUCCCAACUCGCGCUGAAGUGGAAGGAGCUAACUCUGCACGAAUGAACAGACUCUCUGGCGAGGUAAUGAUGUUCAAUGCCGUGGAUUCCGGAACGAUCCAGGAUCCCCAGCACCGUGAGAAGCUUCUGUCUAACUGCAUGGCUCCUCCUCUCAUUCAAUUGAAGAAGGGGGCUCAAGUGAUGCUCAUCAAGAACAUGGAAGAAUCCCUUGUAAAUGGGUCCAUUGGACGUGUGGUAGCUUUCAUGAGCGAAGAAUACUUUGACUCAUACCGCGAAAACGACAAGGACUUUGCUGAAGAUGCCACUGCGAGCGAUGAAGAACGGGCCAUGCGUGCCAAGAAGAAGCUUAAGCCGAUGGGUUACAAGGAAGGGCCGGCUUCUGUUACCCGAAAAUGGCCAUUGGUAUGUUUUAUGCAGCCUGAUGGAUCAGAGCGCCACUUGUUAUGUCAACCAGAAACCUGGAAGAUUGAACUUCCCAAUGGAGAGGUACAAGCUCAACGCCAACAAGUUCCACUGAUCUUGGCAUGGGCUUUGUCCAUUCACAAGGCCCAGGGACAGACCCUUCAGCGUGUGAAGGUCGACCUUGGUCGAGUGUUUGAAAAGGGCCAGGCUUACGUUGCUCUCAGUCGAGCAACAUCACAAGAGGGAUUGCAAGUCACCCGAUUCGAGCCUCGCAAGGUUAUGGUACAUCCCAAAGUUGUGGAAUUCUAUAACAACUUGGUCUCGAUCACACAAGUUGUCAAAGCAAAAUCCAAACCAACGAGUGCAAUUAACCCCGAAGACUUCGACGAUGACGAGUUUUAA